AUGGCAUGUGCAAAUAUCUUUCUUGGGUUAUUGUUCUUUUUGACUUUUUCCCAUGCCCUUGUUCAAUCUGAUGAAGAAGGUCACAUUAAAGUAGAGAUAUCCAACAAGGGUCUCGAUUUUCUCAAGGAUUUGUUAAUAGAAGAAGCAGAGUCUUCAUUCGUUCCACUGGAGCUGUCCAAUAUUGAAAAGUCUGUGAAAAUCCCGGUUGUAGGUAAAGUCAAGAUAGUUCUUUCGAAUAUUACCAUUGAAAGGAUCCAUGUAACAAACUCUACUGCGAAAACUGGAGAUACUGGAAUUGUUAUAGCUGUUAAUGGGGCCUCUGCGAAUUUGAGUAUGAAUUGGAAGUACUCAUACAGCACUUGGUUACUUCCCAUUACCAUUUCGGAUGAAGGAAGUGCCAAUGUUGAGGUUGACGGUAUGGAAAUCGGUCUGACCCUCAGUCUGAAAACUGUACAAGGAUCUCUUAAACUGUCUCUUUUGGAAUGUGGAAGCUAUGUCAAAUCUCUCUCUAUAGAUUUGGACGGUGGAGCAUCAUGGCUCUAUCAAGGGGUUGUUAACGCUUUUGAGGGUAAAAUUAGUUCUGCAGUUGAAGAUGCUGUGUCUGAGAAAAUGAAAGAUGGAAUUGCAAAUCUCGACUCUUUAUUGGAAUCUCUUCCUAAAGAAGUGCCAAUAACUGAUAUUGCUGCUUUGAAUAUUACAUUUAUUGAUGACCUGAAGUUGACAGAACCAGAGCUAGACCUUGAAAUCAAUGGUUUAUUUUCCGCCAAAAAUGAAGUUGUGGUUUCCAACCAGUACCACAGAAUGUUAGGGGCUUCAUCUUCCUGCAAGAUAGCGGAUAAAAUGGUCAGGAUUUCAUUGCAUGAAGAUGUUCUUAAGUCAGCAUCAUCAGUUUACUUUGAAGCUGGUAAGAUGUAUUGGAUCGUUGACAAAGUACCAGAUCAAUCUCUCUUGAACACAGCUGAGUGGAGGUUUUUUUUUCCUCGGUUGUACAAGCUGUAUCCAAACGACAACAUUAAUCUGAAUAUUUCUGUGUCUUCGCCACCAAUCAUAGAAAUUGGAAAGCAGCAGAUUGAUACAAUAAUUCCCUUAGAUAUGGUGAUUGAUGUUUUAGAUGCAGACAAAGUAAUCCCAGUUGCAUGCAUUUCGAUGUCCAUCAGUUCUUCAAUAUUUGCCGAAAUUUCAGAGAAUAGUCUUACAGGAAGCGUAAAGUUAAAUGACUUCACCAUGUCUCUCAAGUGGAGCGAAAUUGGGGACUUGCACGUGCACCUAGUCAAGACAGUGAUGUCCACUAUGCUGAAGACUGUAAUCGUGCCAUAUAUAAAUUUACAGCUCUGGAAAGGAUUUCCCUUGCCUUCUUUCCAUGGUUAUAAGCUUCAAAAUGCUCAAAUCUUCUGCUCAGAUUCUUGGAUUUUCAUCUGUAGUGAUUUGGCAUCUACCGAACAGUUCUACAUCCGUUAA